GCCUUUUGCUCUCCUCCGCCACCCGUCAUCUUCCAAGCUUCCCAUUUUCAACCCCACCAUUUCCUCAGGUCCGCUGCCUGGGAAACAAUCAAAUGCUUUUGGGAUAUUUAGUCUGGAUUUAACUUCUACAUACAUAUAUAUUUAUCUGCAUCAUUUACCCAUCCCACGGCCUAUCUUAUUAACCCCAGCAAUCAAUUGAACGAAUCCAUCUGAGCCCGAUAUCUGCCCCGCCUGCCGCGAACAACCUCCGCCCGCACAAUGCCAAAACCGAAAACACUACUAAAGGAAGCGAAGACGAAAAGGAAAACAAGGAAUACUGAGCCUGAAAGCGCAGACGAAUACCUUGCUACUGGCGUCGAACUAGAAGAAGCCGGGGAAAAAUGGCGAGCCGGAGAUGCCGUCAAGUCCAUGCGGUUUUUCAUGCGUGCCAUUGAAAUGUACGAUACGGGUCUGAGGAGGUUUCCGAAUUCGUUUGAUUUGGCAUACAAUAAGGCACGGAUACAAUACGAAAUAACCCAGCAUCCAAAACUAGCAACCCAACUCCCCGCCCCAGCUGUCGAAAUCCUCCACAUCGCGCUCAAGUCCCACAGACACGCCCUAACCCUCCAACAAGACAAUGCGGAAAUCCUCUUCAACACCGCGCAGGUAUUGACGAGCUUAGCAGAGGCGAUUAUAGAUGGGAGACGGGCCACCGAGAACCAUACGCAGGAAGCCUCGAGAUAUUUGCAGGAGGCGUUGGAUCUUUUCCAGCGAUGUCUAGGUGUACAGGAGCUGCGGUUUACGGAAGGACAGCAUCAGCAUGCUAUGGCGAAGUCCAGAGCCUUUGAUCGCGAUGAGCAGCAAGCAAAUUUGGAAACAGACCGGGCGAUGGAGGGCGCUGAAGCUGGAACUGGAACUGGAAUAGGAGCUACGGAACCCACACAGUCGGAACAGUGGGCUACAGUCAUCGAACCGGUAACCAAGGAUACGCUUGUUGACACCGCUGUGGCGCAGUUGGAAACAUUGGCCACGUUUUGCGGGUUACUUACGUUUGAUCCUGGCAGUACUCUUGCGUGGGUCGAGGAGUAUUCUGCGGUGCUGCUAAAGGAGAAAAUCGCGGCGUACGUUGAGGGAACAGACAGGCAGAACGAGGUAGCGCUCGCGCGCGCCAAGUUCAUUUCAACGUUGGCGGAAGUCUCGUUCCGGAGUGGGAGGAUUGAUUUUGACACGUACAAGAACGAAGUGAGCGCGGCGUUUGGAGAUGUGAAGGAUUUGCCGGGAAAUCCGGGGGCGCUUUGCAGCCAAGCAGAGUCGCUGGUGGCGUUCAACUCUACCAUGGCAGAUUGCGACCAGCCGGACAACGAGGAAGCGUUGAAUAGGCUGUUGACGCUACGAUGGCAAGCGCUAUCGUCCGCUCUAGAUUCCCUUACCGCAGCAACAAAGCUUCCCGAGGCCCAAAAUUUGCCCAAGAUCCACCUUGCGCGAGGAGACGUUGAGAUGUAUCGGUGGCGCUUGGGUGGGCAGCCUUGGAGCUAUAAGAUAUCGCAUGAGAAUGCCUCGACACUCCUGAAGAAUGCGCAGACAUAUUAUCGCGGAGCAGCUGCUCUUGCCGGGAGGGAUGGAUUAACAGAACAGUGUCAAGAAGGGACAGCGAAAGAAGCAUUUGCCUUUGCUCUCGCGGGCGACAUGCAGAAAAUGGAAGAAUUGAUAGCCAGCUCGGAAAAGGAAUUGAGGCAGAUAGCGGAGGAUAUGGUUGACGAUGGGCUGGUCUCGGCGGAGGAUAUGGAUGGACUUUUCCGGAAAGUUGACCCGGACGAGAUCGUGUUCUGAGAUCUGUACAUACGUACAAGCCCGGCGCUAUGCCCUGUAAUUUUAAGAUCCCGAGUUGGUAACCCCACACAUGACAUACACUCGCUAUCGAACCACACAAGUUCCCGUUGUAAAUACAAAAACAUAAUCAUGGCCGUUGAGCGGCCUUAAUUUCAUCGUCCAUUUCCUGCGCCUCUUUACGCAGGGUAUGGUUUGCGUCAAACUCCGUCGUAGCGGCCGCUGCGCCUUCCACGUCGCUAAUGACAGCUUCAAGGCCAGAUAAUAAUUGCUCAAUCUCCCGUCUCUGAGAUGCGACUUUCUCGGAAAGCUGGGCAUUCUCCUUCUGCACGGUUUCCAAUUUCGUAUUUAGCGAAGCCUGGGCUUCUGACAGAUACGGCGCAAGGUGCGCUUGGUAAAGCUCGUUCGCGCCUAGAGUGUGAGGCCUAUAACAAAAAGAAACACAAAAGAAGGUUUUUAGUAUACCCAAUGCAGAACCAAUUUACAUCUUCCCAGGGGCAAAAAGAAUACAAAAAGAAAGGGUUGGAGAAAGGGGGGGGGGGGAGGAGGGGGGACAAAGACUCACGGCACACUCGCCUCCCCUUCUCCAUUCUCCCUCCGCAACCUCGCCUCCCCAACCAACCGAUCCAACUCAUUCAACCCCUUAACCACCUCCCUCUCCCUCAAUACAUCCUCAAACUCCGCGCGCGCGCUCUCUUCUAGCUUCGCAUUCAGCUGUCUCCAGACAGACUCGAGGCUAUGCGGGACACGUUUAGCCGGCGUGGGGAAGCAGGCGGCGAAGUUCGCGUAGGAAUUAGCGCGUAUGGUGCGUAGGAGGGCUUGGGAGAAGACUUGUUGGAGGCGCACGGCGCGGGGCCCGGGUGUCAGAGGGACUGGAGCUGGAGGCGGUGGGGAGGGGGAGGCGGGGUUUUGCUGCUGUUGCUGUUCUUGUUGUUGUUGGGUGUGGCCAUUUGGCGCGGGAGGGGUUGGUUGGGGUGUCAUUUUCCCAUCUGAAGGGUGUUAAGGGCUACUCUACUGCGGGUAGAGAGCAAUUGGAUAGAUAGGGCGGAGAAGGUGUUUAGAUCGAGGUGACCGGGAUGGCUUGCUCACGGGCUUGGGGGUCGCGCCUUGGCCCAGACGCGAGAUCACAUGAUGUCAAUCUGGAUCAGCGCUAAACUUCUUAGCUUUUUAAAAGGGUAACUUAGAUUAGAGAGCGGUUGAAACUCUAUCUAUCUGAAAUAUAUUCGAUUCCACAACUUUGUACUCCGUACGGAGUACUGAGCACAGCAGUCCUAAUUCGCCAGUUUCAACUCUAGCCAGACAGGAAACUAUCAAUCCCUAUUGACCUCAGACCAAAGUAUCGAAAAUCAAAAGAUUAACAUAAAACGAAAAUUCAUUCCAUAACCCAUUAUUUGGAAAAUUCAUUCGACAACAUAACCUAGUUAUUAAAUACCCAGGAAAAGCAAAGAUGUAGCGCCAUCCAACGUCAAAAACGCCGCGCUGCCAAGUUCGUCUUCCCAUUACCGAGCAUAUCAAUCAAGCAAUUAAUUCAAUACUUUAAUCCCAUUAUUUAAAUAAAAAGAGAGAUUUAAAACCCAUCCCUCAAUAUCCACCUUGCGAACCAAGCCCCGGAGCCACGUAUCCACUAGCCGACAUCUGCUGUUGCUGUUGUCGUUGCUGUUGUUGUUGCUGUGCAGCAGCUUGUUGAGCCUGCAACUGAUUCAAAUCCUGAAACCAGGGAUGGCGCAACGCAUCAGCAGCGCUAAUGCGCAUUUCAGGACGAAGUUGCAACAUGCGAUUCAACAAAUCCAAUCCUAACUGGUCGAUCUGUGGUAGGAUCAGACGGAGAUCCUGCGUCGCAUACACUUGGAAGUUGGGUUUGUAUUCGGGGAACUGGGAGAUACCGGGCCAGGAGCGUUCGGAUGGAGUGCCCAUUAGCCGGAAGAUCUUUUGAAGCUGGUCCUCAUUUGUCGUGCCGGGGAACAGAGGGCGCCCUGUAUACAUCUCUGCCAUGAUGCAGCCAGCAGACCAGAUGUCGAUGCUGGUGUUGUAGGUCCUGCUGCCCAGGAGGACGUCCGGGGCGCGGUACCAGAGGGUGACGACUUCGUUGGAGAAGGUGUUUACGGGUAUUCCGAAGGCGCGGGCGAGGCCAAAAUCGCCCAACUUUAGCUGGCCCUUGGUGUUGAUGAGGAGGUUCUGCGGUUUGAGAUCGCGGUGGAGGACUCUGUUUUCAUGGCAGAAGGCGAUGCCGCGCAGCAGCUGCUGCAUGAAGGAUUUGAUGGUGACGUAGUCGAGUUGGCCGCGGUCGCCGCGCGAGUCCAUGUAGCGCUUGAGAUCCUUGUCCAUGAACUCGAAGACGAGCAUGAGUUUGUUCUCGGUGUGGAUAACGUCGUAGAGGGAGACGAUGUUCUCAUGCUUUAGUUCCUUCAUGAGUGAUAUUUCUCGGAUGGCGGUGGAUGGAGUGCCUUCUUCGGAGUCUAGGUGGAUUUCCUUCAGCGCGACCAACUCACCGGUCUGGCGGUUGCGCCCUUUGAAGACCUGUUCGCGAGUAUCAUAUUUAGCAAGGGUCGUGAUUGGAGAGGUAGGAACCUAGUUAAGGGAUAUAUAGGAAACGAUCGCGUCACGUACGGUAGCAUAAGUUCCUUCGCCAAGCUAGAUGAGAAAUGUUAGUUAGAGAAAAUAAAAACGAAAGUCUUCGAAUACAACUUCAAAAUCAGUAUGCUACAUACUUUCUCAAGCUGCUGAAAUGAGUUGGGUGGUUGUCGUUUGUCCAUUG